UUGAAGGCAGGCAGGCAGGGGGGUUUGUUAGGGUGGAAAGAAGGGGGGUGAAGGAAGAAGAGGGGGCUUUUGAGAGAGAGAGAGAGAGAGAGAGAGAGAGAGAGAGAGAGAGAGGUGGAUGUUAAGGCCGUGGAAGUCCCCUUAACUCCCCCUCCCCUUCCCCUUCCCUACCCACACUCCCGUUUUCAUGGAGGUGGUGGUGGUGGUGGUGGAGGAGGAGGCCGAGGUGGUGGUGGUGGUGUCGGUGUCCAAUAGAUCAAGAGGGGCCGUGGCAGUCUUAAUGGCUGUCGCUCGUUUGCUAAGCGUUGCGGGGUCAUCACACCGCCGCCGGAGCAAUUCUCACUCGGGGUAAAUGAAUCCUGUCUGGUCGGGUUAGGCAUUUAGGGUGAUGAUGGAAACGGUGUUGCCCUUUUUUGUCGACAGAUGGAGAUAGUUUCUUGCCUUUCGAGCGUCAGAGGAGGUGAUAGGCCACAGGCGACCAAUCAGCGCCGAGCCUCCGACGAUCGAUUCCGUCCCGAGCUCAAUCAAUUAGUGCUCCCGCCAGGCGUCAGGGAAGUGGAGGCGGCGAUUUUUUCCCCUUCGCCGCCUCGAUAUUUUGCGCUCACACACGCUGCUUAGAGGCUUCUUGCGGAGAUAUUGAGUCCCGUUUGCCUGUUUUGAGUCCUGCCGGCCUGAAGCGUUAGGCAUGUGGCGGGCGGUCAGCGGCAUCCUUCAGCUCCGGUUCCCCCGCCUCCCCCUGCGUCGACACUCCCUCCGUGCUGCCGCCUGGUUGGCCGAGCCGCUCGUCGCCCCGCCCGGAGCGCCUCAGACCCCGCCCUAAUCCCGCCUCCGAAGGUGAUGUAGCAGAAAAAUGGUUGGACUACAUAGUGUUCACUCGUGUUCCCGUUGUAGGACACGCACUUUUACAGCGUCAACUCUAUGUAGCGGAGGUGAUAGCAAGUCACCUACAACGCGUACCACAAGUUCAGCUUGUUCAUACAUCCACAGCUUAAGCGUUUACUCCCAAGGUAAAGAUAUUUCUCCAGCAGAAACUUACUGUAGUGAAACCCUCUUGUGCACUGGUGUUUAUGAUCGCCGUCGAAUUAUAAGUGUUUUGGUGAACGGAGUGUCGGGCAGCGCCAGUUUUUCCCAGCAGUCAGCCUGAGUGGAGGCGCGGCCCUGGCUCUCCUCUGCCUGUUCCUUGGGACGCCCCGGCUGUGCUCUCUCGUCGACACAGCGAGACACAGAAGAAAACUAUUUUUUCCCGGUUGACAGUGUUUGCCGCGAGCCGGGGUGGCAGUGCGUGGCGGUGAUGCCCCGGGCCGAGGAGUGACGAGCCGAGCAUGAAAAGUAGUGCAAGCCCUCGAGAUGUAUUGGAUGACCCCCUUAGUCAGCAGCAGCCAGCUGAGCCCCUCGCCCACAGCGCCCACGGUCUCGGCACCCACGCCCACCCUGCCCCCCGCCCCCCCGCUGGCAGUCAUGUACUCCCCCGCAGCCUACCCGGACCAGCCUGCGCCCUACUCCCUGCCUACACUGGGGGGGGAGCAGUCGGCCUUCUACUCCCCGACGGUAAGGGCUGCGGGGCUCGAACUGAAGGACUCCCUGGCGGCCUCACCGAUGGCACCCACUUGGCCCUAUCCGUCCGUCUACUACCCCUACGACACCGCCCUCGCCUCCUACCCCUUUGCCGGGUACGGCGUUGGUCUUGACGCCGCCCGGAGGAAGAACGCGACGAGGGAGGCGACGGCGACCCUGAAGGCGUGGCUGAACGAGCACAAGAAGAACCCGUACCCGACCAAGGGCGAGAAGAUCAUGCUGGCCAUUAUCACCAAGAUGACGCUCACACAGGUGUCGACGUGGUUCGCCAACGCUCGCCGGCGCCUGAAAAAGGAGAACAAGAUGACGUGGGAGCCGAGGAACAAAACGGACGAUGACGACGACGACGAUGACGACAAGGACGACGAUAAGAUUGACGACAAGGAUGACAAGGACGACGACGACAAGAAGGAUGACAAAGAUCUUAUGUUCAGCGACGGAGAGAAAGAGAAGAAGGACGUGGAGAGCGGCCGGUCCAGCGCGGGGGCCACAGGCGCCGGCUCCCCCGGGGUGCCGCCCACGGACGUGGUGCACCCCAAGCCGCGCAUCUGGUCCCUCGCCGACAUGGCCACGUCAGGGGGCGUGGGCGGCGGCAGCGCUGGAGGCCUCGGCGGACUGAGUGCCGGGGCGGGGAAGAUCAUGGGGGGCGGCAUGGCCAGGGGGCUGCACCUGGAGGGGUCGCCGUACUCCCGCCCGCUGUUCCCCCACGCCUCAUAUCCGUACAUCCCGCCCAGCGUCAGCGAGUCGCUGCUCUCCUACUCGUACAGCAAGUCCUUGGCGGCCGGCUUCGCCCCUGUCACCCUGACGGACGUGACCACCGCCAGCCUCCUCGCCCCCAGCCCACUCGUCCACGACCUCUCCAGACACGACCUCUCCAGACAUGACCUCUCCAGACACGACCUCUCCAGACACGACCUCGCGCGACACGAACUCUCACGACCAGAGGCCAUUCGGCAUGACCUCUCCCGCGAACUGUCACGUGACCUCUCUCGUGACCUGCCCCGCGACUUGCCCCGAUCAGAGCUGGCCCGACCCGAGCCCCAGCGACCGGAGCCGCGCUCAGCGAUGGACAAGGACGUGUGAUGCCCCGCGCCAGCCACACCCACCCCCUCGUGUGUUGAGUGUCAGGACUAAGUAAGUUAAGGCUGCGAGUGGCCGCCCGUCUCCCGCCGCGGCCCGCGCAGUGCAUGCAGGCCGCCGCGCCAGAACGGACUGCCUAUCCCGAGGAGGACACCGGCGGCCCAGCCCCCCAGCAGGCGCUGCCUUGACGGGAGGGAGGCGCCGCGCCCAGGCAGCGGGGACAAAGUGCCGCCACGACAGGCCACGAAAGGAGCUCCUGCGCCGACGGGGGGCGCGGGAGCGGAGGCGCCGAGUGACUGGUGACUGGUGACGGGCGGCAGGAUGGAGGUCUUGUUGCAGUGCCGCUGACUGACUUGUCACAAAAAUAGUUGCAAUGGUGAAGUUUUUUUUUUUUUUUUUUUUAGAUGUUAUCGUCAUCCAAUCAGCCAAGACGCUAAUUUUCCACGGACAGCGACUUGUGUUCUUACUGUAGACGCCAAAGAUAUUUAAGUAUAGAAUGUUCCUGUAAGCUACGUUAUAUUACCUGUCAUUUGCCAUUUUAUUAUUACUAUUUGUUUCGAUUAUUAUUAUCAUUAUUAUUAUAAUUUUAUUUAUUUAUUUAUCAUUAUUAUUAUUAUUAUUAUUAUUAUUAUUAUUAUUAUUAUUAUUAUUAUUAUUAUUAUUAUUAUUAUUAUUAUUAUUAUUAUUAUUAUUAUUAUUAUUAUUAUUAUUAUUAUCAAACUCAUCAUAGUCGUUCAUAAAUUUCGCCAAGGAGAGGGAGAGAGAGAGAGCGCAGUGUGUGCCCCUCAGGAGUGGUCGUCGGUGGCGGAGACGCAGCUUCGCCGGCAACACAAACAUAUCAGGACAACACAGACCAGCGCGGCGACCAGCAGUGUGCGUGGAGGCAGGACGUGGCGUGGCGUGGCGAGGCGUGGAUGAAGGCGUGGGGGAUGGGACGCACGUGAUACACACACACGCACACGCACGAAAGAAAAAGGAAAUGGAGAAAAUCAUUAAACUCGAAAAUAUUUGCCGUCAGAAGAAAAAAAAUCUAAACGUGCCCGUCUGAAUCCAGUCUUGUGUUGAGGUCUUCUGCAGGAGUGUGUGUGUGUGUGUGUGUGUGUGUGUGUGUGUGUGUGUGUGUGUGUGCGUGUGUGUGUACGAACGCAAGGACGAAGACAAAUAGCGAUGAUGGAUGAUGGAAGAAAAAAUGUUCAGUCCAUUAAUUUUGAAAAGAAGGAAGAGGAAGAGACAGACAUUCAUAAUUGUUACCUUGUGCAAGAAAAUGGAGCCAGGAAGAGGACAGGUGGGGCGACACACGUGGCUUACCUGUACCUUCAGUCGUCCGCCUCAAAAGUUGUGACGCGGAGCUACGACUUCUGGAAGACAAAUAGAUCACCCCAACUCACCGCUCGCACCACGACCACCACUGCCACUACUACGACUGCUACCACGACCCUCCUGACGACGACGACUCACGCCUACUACUACUGUUGCUAUUACUACGAGAUGUGUCUCAAGUGAAGAGGAACUUUUGAAGCGACCACUCUACGACUGUCAAGAUCAAUUCCAACUUCCAUUACCACCGCCACGACUACUAUUACUGCUACCACUACUACUACUUUCGACGACGACUACGACUACAACCCCAAGACAUCAAGGAGUCGUCACUUGGCGUAUUGAAGGGGCAUUUCUGUAUGUACCUUCCCCUCCCCCCUUCCCCUCCCCCUCCCUUUCCCCUUCCCCUUUCUCUUCCCCUUCCCCUCUAUCCCCUUUCCCUCCCUUGUGCCAAAUCCAUAUAGCGUGUAAUGCGCGUGCCAAAUGUCCGAGAAGAAAAGAAGAAAGAAAAAAGAAUUGCACAAGAUGUUGAUGAUUUUAUAUAAUUUUCUCUUUUCUCUCUCAUGUUGGUGAUUGAGAUUUUUUGUUUUUCAUUGUAAUCUUGUUUCGUGGUUGAAUAAGUGUGUGUGUGUGUGUGUGUGUGUGUGUGUGUGUGUGUGUGUGUCGAUGACGUUGACCGUGUGUUUACUUGACGGGUCGCAGGAAGAAGUGUUACGUUAUUUUAAUAUUUCCGUCUUCGUGGGUAUGUUAACGAAGAGGAAGCCGAGGACGCGAGGAGAGAAUGGAUGGAGUGACUGACCGACUGACUUGUGUACUAUAAUGUCCCUCCGCUGACAUGUCCAGUUUGCAAGCUGUCCCGCGUCCCGCACCUUCACGUCACCGCUGCUGCUGAUGGUGAUGAUGAUUGUGAUGAUGUGCAAAAGUGGCCAUGGACGUGACAGAGCAGUGGCGGACUACACGUAUACAUAAGUGGCGUUUACGUAUGAACAAACACUUAAUAAGAGUGACACUUGUAUGUAAAAAGAACGUUAAGUAUAAUCCCUGCACGACUUGAAGCACUUAAGUGUACGGAUCGUGACACCCCCCCCCCCACCGUCCCUUAAACUCCCCUCUCCUCCUCCUCAACACAUCCCAUAUUCCCUACAUUCCCAUUACAGCCUUCCUCCUCUUUGGCUUUCUUGCACCCCUCUUCCUCCUCCUCCUUUACCUCUUUCUUUUUCUCCUGCUCUCAUACCCUUAGGACAUCUUACCCCUCUCCGAACCACAUCCCUUCAUCCCUUACAUUCCCAUUACACCCCUCCUCCUUGGCUCUUUAUUUAUCUCCCAAACUCCUCUUAACUCCCCUCUUCUCACAUCCUCAGUUCAUCUUCCCCAACAUCCCCUACAUUCCCCUCUACACCUACACACCCACACUCACACCUGCACCAUGUAUACAAACUCUCAUAUCCAGGUGUCACGUCGUCCCAUGAAGGUGUGUAGGCUACCUGUAUACCGCCAGGGGGGCUACCUAUGUGCUACCUCCUCCUCCUCCGUGAUUGUUCUCCUCCCCUGAGUCAAUGUAAAGAGCAACUCGUGAAAGCAAAGGAAGCAACAGUAAUCUUUAGGGUGUUCUGUGUUGGUCUUUCUCUUGGUUUGCUCCUUCAGCCUUUUACGAUGGAGUGGAGCGUGUUGGAGGAUGUGGAGUGCUUGUGUUGUGGUGGGGAUUUGUUUCAGGAGUAAUGUUAUUGUCUAUGUUCCCCUUAUUUCCCCCUCCCUUCCCUUCCCUUCGUCAAAACUGUGUGGCUCCUUCAUCAUCGUAGUAGUCGUCAUUGUUGUCAUUUUUUGUUCGUGUGUUUGUGAUUUUUUUUUUUUUUGUGUGUGUGUGUGAACGAGUGAGACUUCAUCGUAGGCUACAACCAUUUUCACAACUCCAUCAUUUCAUCAUUAGUUCGUGAGGAAAAAAUAGAGGAUUAGAAGAAGAGUUUGGUUCGACCCCUCCUCUUCCUCUUCUCCUCUCCCUCCCACCCCAGAUCUCCACUGAGCCUCCCGCCACCACCACCACCACCACCACCAUUACUACUACCUCCCCCCCUCCAUCACCUGCAUCACCACCACCACCAUACUACCUCCCCCCCAUCACCUACACCACCACCACCACCACUACCUCCUUUCCAUCACUACAUCAUCCCCUCCCCUACCACUACCUCCCCCCCCAACACCACCACACCACCACCACCAGAGGGCCGCGUGUCACCCCCACCCCCCCUCCCCCUCUUACAACCACCACCACCACCAUGUUCGCCGCCGCCGCCGCCGCCGCAGGGUGUCGCCGCAGCCGCGUGUGUCAACCUCUACCUUAAGACUUUCCUAAACACGACGUGAUUUUUGUACAUAUUGUAUUAUAAAGAUGAUAUUUGAGGAAAUAAAUGAUU